AUGGCUGCAGCUGGGAAUGACCGCUCUUUCCAUGUUUGUUCCCCCUACGCACAGCAGAAGUACAGCAACAUCUCCUGUUUCUGGGAAAAACAACCAUCAGGCUGCUUGAGGAUCAGUUGCGCCUUCCAUCACAGCAAACCUCGCAGCAUAAAUGGACUUUUUUUGCCGCCGAGUAACAAUGCCCCAUUGCAACAAGGUGUCCAAGAAGGGAUUCCGCACCCAGCCCAUGGUCAAGAGUCACUCAGAAAUCAAAAGAAUAUUUUACGACCAAUUCACCCUCCACUGACUAUACACCUCAACGAUGAAGACGACGACGAGGACGAUGAUGAAGAGGAGGAGAACGGUGCUCCUGACUGGGUGCCUCAGACUGCUGCAGACCUUGAAGAGGAAAGAGCAAUAAAGGAAAUAUGCUAUCAAUCUGGAGAGUAUUACGGGAUUCAGUACCCUCAGGAACACCAAUCAACAAAAACUGUGUCUUCACCUCGGGAAAACGAGCUACUACCCUGGGAAGCUACCGAGCGAGACUUGCAGGCAGGCGACGGUGAUACAAUUCCUACAACAUUUAAGAAUGCAAAAGGAGAAGGAGAGAGCUCAGGAACGACAGUACCAGCAGAGACCAUUCCCAGAACAGAUCGUGGAUCCUUUGAAAACGGAGGAACCAAUCGCAUGGAGCGGGUAAAGAACUAUCCCGGUAAAGAAGCAAAGGAGAAGCAAUGGGUUUCCGAGGAAGAAAGAAUUCACACUCCAGACCCCAAAGCAAAACCACGUCGCCAACAAAGGGGUCAAAAGCCAAGAAGACAUGGAAGUGAACAGGAAAGGAGAGCGAUACAUAGACAGGAGAAAGAGAUGAAGCCACUUCUUCGACUUACAAGAGCAAUCGAAAUUGAAAUGUGGAAAUUAUCAGCUGGAAAAUCCAAAGAGGACACAAUUGCAAAUUCCAAAAAUAAGAUGCAGGAAGUACACGACAAUGUUUCAAAACUGAUUGAAAACACAAAAUAUACGUUCUGUGUGAUCACAGAUCCACUAAGCUCUUCCAUCCAGAACCCAAACACCCAGGGGAGAAAGUCACCCAGCCGACACACAGCAGUAGCUGCUGCUCCUGCUGCUGCUGCUGCUGCUACUAAAACCGGGAAACACGACCCGCAGGCCCACAGCCAGACAGCUGUGGCACUGGACAUCAUGGAAGCAAGAAAAAGCAAUGAACCCCAACAACGUCAGCCGUUAACAGCUAGCAGUGUACUAACACGAAGCAGCAAGUUUCUCCAUCCAAAGAAAGAGGUGCUGCAAGAAAAACAUGGGCCAACAGGAUUUUGGUUGAAAACCUAG